AUGCAUAUGUUUUCCAGAUUAUCGACGUCGACCGGAGCAUCAUCCACAUCUCAUGGUCAGAAAGGUGGCAAUGGCAACAAGGGUCCUACAGGGAAGAAGGGGCCGGUGCAGCAUCGGCGACCCAUUGUCCCGUUUGGGAAGAGGGAUCGGAUUCUUCUGGUUGGUGAGGGAGACUUCUCGUUUGCGCGCUCCCUAGCAGUCCAAUAUCGCUGCCGGGACAUCCUUGCUACGUGCUAUGACUCCAAGGAGACAUUAUGGGAUAAAUAUCCACAAGUCGAGAAAAAUAUCGAGGAUAUUCUUGGUGCAUUCUCUAAAAAGGGAAAGCAAAAUGAUGAAAAUGACCAGGAGGAGGAGGAAGACGAAUCCAAGGCUGAAGAGGAACAGCAACAGCAAGCGGUCCCGGAAAAGAAGGACGACCACCGUCGAGGACCAAAUGUUUUCUUCGGAGUUGAUGCGCGCAAACUGGGCUCCCCAGCCGGGGGUGGUAAGGAUGUUCGUACAGGCUAUACACGCCGCGAGCGCUCGCGCCCUGCAUGGCAGGAAGCUAAACGGGGUCCCUCGUCUGGAGCCCGCCCGGGCGGCCCGUGGGACGUCAUCUGUUUCAAUUUCCCCCAUGUGGGUGGUUUAUCGACGGAUGUGAACCGGCAAGUGCGGUCGAACCAGGAACUGCUGGUGGCUUUCUUCAAGGCCUGUGUGCCGCUGUUGUCGGCGCGUCCAGAGGUCAUAAGUGACGAUGAGGAUGAGGAUGAGAACGGUGACUGGGAUUUGAGCGAGGAUAGCGAAGCCGAAUCUAGCAACCAGGUCGAGCGGGAGACGCUUGGGAAUCCAGACGGAAAGAGAUAUAGGACCGAGCCGGGGCAAAUCUUGGUGACUACGUUCGAAGGAGAGCCUUAUACACUUUGGAAUAUCAAGGAUCUUGCGCGGCACGCGGGUUUGCGGGUGGUCACAAGUUUCAAAUUUCCGUGGACCUCUUACCAGGGAUAUUCGCAUGCCCGGACCCUCGGCGAGAUUGAAGGAAAACAUGGGGGAAGGGGAGGCUGGAGGGGAGAAGACCGGGAGGCAAGGAUGUACGUCUUUGAAGUCAAAGAGGAUGAGCAUGGUUCCUCGAGGAAGCAUGCCCCAAACCCAAAGAUUGAUCCCAAGGGCAAGAAUAAGAAGAGGUCGCGGAAUGUGUCCGAUACUGAAGAUAGUGAUUAA